GUCGGUUAGUUUCAUUCGGUACUCGACUCGGGAAAGGUGCAGUUCGUGUGAGGUCUUCGAUAUAACAUAUAAUGAUCUAAUAGCUUAAGUUAACAGGGGAUUGAUUUUGUCAAGUGGCUGAUAUAUUGUGGUUCCGGGAAAAAGGGACAAAUACGGAAAACAUGACUCGAUCGGCUAUAAGCUACGGGGUACUGGCGAUUUUGUGCGUUUUUGGCGGCAAUGUUCAGGCUCAGAUUGUCGAUAAAAUUUGUGCAACCAGUAGAUUCUCCGAACAGUGCCUUCAACUACAGCGUGGAUCGUCCCAAGUAGAAUGUGUCACAGUUCAAGACAGCAUCGAGUGUGCUCAACGGAUUCGUAAUGGAACGGCCGACCUGGGAAUUUUCAGUGCCGAGAGUAUGCUCCAGGUAGCUUCGCUAAACUGGGAUGGACUUACGGUGAUUAAGGAGUUGAGACACGUGGAACGACAACGUGAUCUGGUCGACUAUCGCUCGGUAGUUGUGGUUUCCGCUCAACAUCAGGGUGGAUUAGAUGGUUUGAGAGGUAAAAAAUUCUGCCAUCCUGGCCUGCACUAUGGACGGCAGCAACGAUGGAGCGAACGAUUCCUGAAACAUUUUGAGCGACUCGUUGUACCGACUGAGUGUUCGGACUUGACCAGUGCUGCUGAAAUCGAAGCGGCUGGACUUUCGCAGUACUUUGAAUCGGCCUGUCGACCCGGCAGAUGGUCCCAUGUACCAUCGGAAGAUAAAGAAUUGAAAUCCAAAUACCCAAAUCUCUGCGCUUUGUGCCAAAAUACUGCGGAGUGUUCGUACGAUUUGACCAAUCCUUCAAGUCAUGGCGCAGCGUUAAACUGCCUUCGAUCUGGUGGUGAUGUGACCUAUGUGUCUCAACAAGACGCCGUAUCUUACUUCAACGAACGCAGUGACAUCGCUUCGAACUACGGAUUUCUUUGCCCCAACGGAACAGUACAACCGGUUCUUGGCAACAUUGCUCCUUGUUCGUGGUUGACCCAGCCAUGGCCUGUAAUCAUUUCAACCUCAGCUCGUGCUGUUGAUAUAUCUUUGCGUAUUGAGCGUUGGGUGCGUCCCUCUAGCACAAACAAUUGGGAACUUGUUAUUCAAGAAAUCCUCGGACAUGAUAGUAGAAUAGUUUCACCCGUUGAUUCUAUUCAAAGCCCCUUGGAUCACUUACGUCCAAACAGGGCUCUACCCAUUGCCACAGAUUUGUGCCAAACUACCGCUCGCUGGUGUACAACAUCCCUGGAGGAAAAUGAAAAAUGUAAAGUACUUCGGGCAGCUGCUCUAACCUCAGGAAUAACUCCACUGAUCGAAUGUCCCGAUCCAACUACGAGCCGAAUGGCUUGUUUGAACGAAAUCUCUUCCAAUCGUGCCGAUUUUACUGGCAUCGAUUCCAACUACGGUUACCUAGCAAGACAUCCCUUUAAUCUGACCGCUGCUAUGUUCCAGGAAACGGAGAAGGAAAAGUACUCUUCGGUAGUUGUUCUAGUUCGCGAUAAUAGUCGUUUCACCCGAUUCGAAAAUCUGCGAGACGCCAAGGCAUGCAUUCCGGAAUUUGGAGGAAUAGCAUCGAUCGCCUUCAUCAACGUUGGAAAAAGUCGAGGUAUCUUCGACCGGCAGGCAUGCAACUACGGUCAACUGUUGGGAGACUUCUUCAGCGAUACCUGUGCGCCCGGAUCGCGAGACGAUUUGCACGACCCACAUGGUGAAAAUGCCGAAUCGUUGUGUUCCCUCUGCUUUGCUGCCAUUAAGCCAGCAAGCGAUCCGAUCGACGAAACUCCGAUCGAAGGAGAUGAAUCGAUCGAACUUCACUCGAGUCUGACGGACCAAGAAGUACAGGGAGCGGAGGCUACCAUCAGCAGGAACACGAAUUGUGCAGCUGCUGAUUCAAAUCCCUUCUACGGUACACGAGGGGCGUUGAGAUGUCUACAGAACAGAGGUGAAGUGGCAAUUGUGGAAGGCCAAAACUUACAGCAACACGCACAAAUGUUGGGAAUGAACCCGUUAGAGUACAGAAUCUUAUGCAGAAACGGGACAUUGGCUGCUUUUCCAGGUUUCGAGGUAGACGAAGAAUGCUACUUGACUACUAUCGUAGACGGUGAAAUUGUUACUCGCCGCCAGUCGUCUAAAACGACUGGAAUAGUUCAUGCGUUGAGUGCACUCGACUUCUAUCUACAGAGCGAUCCUGACUUUAGAAUGUACAAUAUUUUUGGAGGUGUCAAAAAUUUACUGUUCGAGGACUCGGCCUUGGGACUGGUGUCGCCGCAACAUCCUGAGCUUGGGCAUGCCGUGCAAAACUAUAUUCGACUGUUUGAGAAUAUCGAAGAUUGUACAAGCAGUGCAAUCGGCACCACUACUCCAGAUCCCGGAGAUGGUGCCGCCAUGAUGAGUAUAAACAUUUUCAUGACUUGCCUGUUCGCUUUGUACAACGCUAUCCGAAGCUAGGGUGGUUUCGUAUCAGAAUUCUUUAAAAUUAGUUCAUCUUGUGUAGCAUUCAUCUAACAAACAGUUCAGUUAUUUUUACGAUAAGUUCAGGUCGAAAUAAAAAAUUUAGAGGUUUAA